CACACAUCACCUCAAUUAUUCAUAAACCACGGAAUAUAACAGAAUGCGUAGAUUUCAAGCUUCAGUGUUUUCAAAGAAAGGCUUUAAACUCCGGAUCAUGGCCGUCGGAGCCAGCGGUACCGGUUACAGAACCUUUUUAAACGCAUUAUGUAGAAAAACGAUUUUUGAACCUGAAAUCGAUGAUCCAGCAAAGGCUCAUCUUCCAAAACCACUUGAAAUUAAACCUUAUGAAACUGAAAUUGUGGAGAACGGAAUUCAUGUGGUGUUGACCAUCCUUGACGCCUGUAAUUUCGGGAAUGGCAUUGACAAUUCACAUUGCUUUGAUGAAAUCUUAAACUAUAUUGAAAAACAAUUUGAUAACGUCCUCGUUGAAGAGUCGAGAAUUAAAAGAAACGCUCGCUUCAUUGAUACUCGUGUUCAUGCACUGCUUUACUUUAUUUAUCCUAACGGGCACACCCUUUCCGAAUUGGAUCUCGUCGCUAUGAAAAGAUUUUCCAAACGAGUAAACGUCAUUCCUGUCAUUGGAAAGGCCGAUAGCAUGAAUGAGACUGAACUAGCCUCUUUCAAGCAGGCCGUUAUGACUUGUUUGAAUGAAAAUGAAGUGGAGUACUACAACUUUCCUUAUGACGUUGAAGAGGAUGAUGAUUCUGUGGUCGAAGAAAAUAAGUAUCUCCAGUCAUUACUUCCGUUUGCUGUAGCUGGGAGUACUGAGCAACGAGAGGUAAACGGAAAAAUGGAAUGGGUACGAGACAAUUCGUGGGGAACUGUCAUCCUCGGUCAGUCUACCCUUUCAGAUUUUACAACAUUACGCACGGUUUUGUUGCACUCGCACUUGCACGCUUUAAAGCUGUACACUCAAGAUGUUUUGUAUGAGACCUACCGUACUGAACGUUUCUCAGAAGCACCAGUACCUGUUGUAUUACCAGAUGAACAAGGGUUCAUUCAACCUCCCAUUUUACAUUCUACUGUUGAACAUAAAGAUGAAAAUAUUAACCCUAAAACCAAGAAUUUAGAAGUGAACGCCAAACCUGAUUCAGAUGUUAAAGCUCCUUCUUCUAUAGUUGAAGCAUUGCCCGAAACAAAUGUGCUGACUGAUUCAGCUAAAGCGCCUCUGACUAGCUUAAACUAACUCAAACCAAAUGUUUAUUGUUUUACUCAUAACGCAAUGCCAGGUUAACGUGUAUCUCGCGGGCGGAAGUUAUACGUGCUUUAUAAUACACAGCAUGUGCGUCAGCCGCUGAACUAUUUACAGCAUAGUUAGUGAAUUUACUAUAUUUUAUUACGUGGU